AUGCCGAAGAAGGGAAAGCGCAAGCCGUCGCUGCUAGAUGGCUCGGGGAGGCCCAGGGGCGUAAAGCCAAAGACAGAGGAAGAGAGUUUACCAUCUCCUGAUUCUCCCAGCCAAACCCCACACAUUGGCGACUCCAGCAGCUCCGACACGGAAGACAUCGCCACAUAUGGACACGCGCCACCAGAGGGCACGCUGGAGCGCCUCAAGCUCUUGUUUGCUGACGGCCACUUGCCGCAACAAGGGGCCAGAUGUACCAUGGAAGUAGAGGGACACAAGCUUCAAGCCAUAGUGCUGCCGCCCACACAAGACGGCGUACUCCUGCGUGUUGGAGAUCAACUCUUCGACAAAGCAUGCGAUGCAGCGGCUUCUGUGUUUGGAGAGGAAAUUGGAGAAAAGUUCAAGCUCAAGUACUUGAAAACCAGCACCCAGUCGGGGCGAGAAGUGUUUCAUCGCCUGUUUACGCUUGAGGGCCGCAGCUUGCAUGACUGGCUUCUCCGCCUGUUUCCGCACACCAGCGCACAGUCGCUCUAUCCCAAAACACCAAAGGCGUCACGCGCGCGCACGCGAACCCCAAAGGCGGCUGCCCACGGAGCCAACACAUCGCAGACACGCACGCAGCAGGACACGGGCCGGAAAGCGUCACGCGCGCGCACGCGAACCCCAAAGGCGGCUGCCCACGGAGCCAACACAUCGCAGACACGCACGCAGCAGGACACGGGCCGGAAACAACAAAGGCAACAGCAAGAACAAAGGCAACAGCAAGAGCAGGAGCGUGUUCGUUCGCGCUUGGCAAAUACAUCACACGUAGCGACAACAGCGCCCUCUGCCACACCGACGAACGGCAAUGGCAUUGGGAUGGCUGCCCCAAAACUGGGCCACAAGAGCGUGAACUCGUCUGUACCAGCAUCACCAUCACCGGCAAGCCCUCGCGUGGGCGGGCUGUAUGCAAGCGCCGCCACCCAAGCAGAGAAUCACCGGCUGAGGACUGAACUCAACCUGGUGCAUGCAGAGCUUGACUUUAUCAAGCAGCAGUAUCUCACAUGCAGGAAAGAGCUCCUCGAUGCACAGGCUCUCAUCUCCCACCUUCAACACCACAACAACCAGUGA